GAGCCGGGCGGCGGGGUCGGAGCCGCCGGGCUCUCGCCGCCGUCUCCGGGAGACAGUUUCCGGCCUGGCUCCUGAGGGUCCCGCCUCAGCCCGAAGAGGGAAGCCCCUGUUCUCCGCUCCGGGUCUUUCCCGCUUGCCUCCCCAGUGUGGCCCGAGACUCCGGGACGACAGCCUCUCCUGGCUCGGCCUUCCUGGCCGCCGGCCGGAGUGACUCCGCCUGAAGAAGGGUUCGCGCUCUCCCGGGACGCAGCCGCCGCAGGCGUGUGCAGCUAGGCUGCCGCUCUUAUGGAGAGAGGGCUCCGAACGCACGGAUAGAUCUGGAGCUUAGCCGAGAUGGAUUAUUAUUUAAUCCUCCUAAAAACCCAAUGAGGGAAAAGUUCAAUUAGGAGACGUACUUCACCAUCUUGAGAAAGAAGGGAUUGAACCCCUUGCUACUACAGAAGAACAACUCUAUUUUAUCUGGUGCUUAUUCUAGCACAGUGAAGACAGGCUGAGGGCUGCUACCAGAAAUCUAGAAGAAAUUUCAGUGAAGCACAUGGAAGAAAUGAAAGAAGUGGAAAAUUAUGCAAACCAUAACUGUAACAGAGGAAAGAAAAGCCUUUUCUCAUGGUUAUGAAAAGGAAAACAAACAGCUUAGAGAUGAGUUUAAAGAGCUCCAACUCAAACAAGAAGUGCAAAUAAAGGAGAUUGAAGAAAUGUUGUAUCGAGAAGGCUUGUCUGAUAUAGCUCUAAGCAGCCCCAGUGAACAGAUUGCAUACUUACUGGUGGAAAGAAGUGCACUCUUGAGGAAACUGGAACUUGGGGACCCCAAGCCAGAGUCACAAAGAUGUAUGAGCAGUAACCUACAGAAAGAAUUUCCCCAGGGGAAAUUUGAACAAAUCCACCAGCCACUGCAAAGAGAACAUCAGAAACAUCAAGAACCUGUGCAUCAGUCUAAAAAAAAUCUGAGUGAGUCCCAUAAUGAAGACCUGGAAAAAGAUAAGGUAUCACAGAACUGCCUAGAGAGAGAUGUGGAACAGGUAGCACAGAGGUUAGAAAUGGCCCGUGAAGAGAUCCAAAGGCUCACUGACGCGCUAGAAGGGAAGGAGAAAGAACAGAGUAAACUGGAUUCUGCACUUGAGAAGGCUCAACUAGAAAUUGAGAAAUUGAAAGAAAAUUUGAUAAAGCUGAAAGAAAAUGAUUUGAUUGACUUACAGAAAGCAAACGACCAUAAUCAGAGACUGGAUGAGGAAAUUCUGGCUUUAAGAAAUCGGGUUCGAUCACUUGACUCAGAAAAAAAAGUGCUUGGAGAAGUGGUUGAGAGACUUCAAGGAGAGAUUAGUGAAUCUCAAAAGAAUCAGCAAGCUGGAAACCUCUCCCCUGGAAAAACGGUGGGUGCUGAACAGAGAGUACAGAUAUUGAAAAUGAGCCAAGAAAAAAUUGAAAUAUUUGAAAGUGAGUUGUCAGAAGAGGGAGAAAGGAGAAAGCAAUUGACAUCUGAUUUUAAUACUGUACACAAGGCUUUGAAAGUUGACAGUGAGGAAUUGCAAAAAUCAAAGUCAGAACUUACAUGCCUGUAUAAUGAAAUUCAAAGUCUUCCAGGGGCAGCAGAAGACAGAGACCGUUUUUUAAUAGCAUAUGACCUGCUACAAAGAGAGAAUUCUGAAUUAAAAACAAAGCAUCCAUCACCUGGAGAAAAACUGAAACACCAGCAGCAAGAGGAACUACAACAACUUCGCCAGAAUUUGCACCGGCUCCAGAUUCUAUGCAACUCAGCUGAAAAAGAGCUUCGAUAUGAGCGAGGAAAGAACUUGGACUUAAAGCAACAUAACAGCUUACUUCAGGAAGAAAGCAUUAAGAUCAAAAUUGAACUAAAGCAGGCCCAGCAGAAGUUAUUAGACAGUGCAAAGAUGUGCUCAUCACUCACAGCAGAGUGGAAGCACUGUCAGCAGAAAAUCAGAGAACUGGAGCUGGAAGUACUUAACCAGGCUCAGUGCAUUAAAUCACAGAACAGCCUACAGGAAAAGCUGGCUCAGGAGAAAUCUAAAGUUGCUGAUGCAGAGGAAAAGAUCUUGGAUCUGCAGCAGAAAUUAAAACAUGCUCAUAAAGUCUGUCUCACAGACACUUGUAUUCUGGGGAAGAAGCAACUAGAGGAAAGGAUAAAAGAAGCCAUAGAAAAUGAAGCUAAAAUAAAGCACCAGUAUCAGGAGGAACAGCAGAAGAGGAAACUCCUAGAUCAGAUUAUAAGUGAGCUACAAAAGCAAGUGAAAAUCUUACAGGACAAAGAGAAUCAACUGGAAAUGACCAGUUCUCAGCAACAAAACAGAAUUCAGCAACAAGAGGCCCAACUUAAACAACUGGAAAAUGAAAACAGAAAAUCUGAUGAGCAUCUCAAGAGAAACCGGGAAUUGUCAGAGAAGCUGUCUGGGUUGCAGCAGGAGAAGGAAGCUCUGUGUGAAGAAUAUGGGCAAUUUUUGAAGCAGCUUGAUGUCCAUGUGAGAAACUAUAAUGAGAAACAUCACCACUACAGGACCAAGCUUCGCAGAGUCAAGGAUCGCUUAGUUCAUGAAGUAGAACUACGAGAUGAGAGAAUCAAAGGACUUGAAAAUGAAAUUGGAAAACUGCAGCAGCAAGUGGAAACGGAGAAGGCAUUCCAGGACCAGAUCACUGCCCAAAAUAAUAUCCUGCUCCUAGAAAAUAGGAAGCUUCUGGAGGAACUCACAGAGCAAGAAGAAUUGAUCCACAGCAACAAAUGGAUAAUAUCUUCAGUCCAGAGCAGAGUACUUGUCCUGGAUAAAGAAAAUAAACAAUUACAGGAAAACAGUCUCCGGCUCACACAGCAGGUUGGCCUCUUAGAGCGCAUUAUAAGGAGCAUCCAGAUUCGCAGAGGAGAGGAAACAACAAUUAGUGACAUCCCUGAAUUUGAAGCAUUGAAUAAAAUCUUGCCGUUACCAAACUCCAGUUUAUCAGAAACAGGUUUGGUAGAGUCAGUUGGAAGUCUUCAAGAGACUGAAGAACAUAAGACAGAAGAAGCCAUGGCAAACCCCAACUCCCUCGAGUCUUUUUCGUGUUCACAGAAUUCCAAAGCUGGAUACGUAAAUGUGGCUUCUUUGAAAGAGACACAUUGCAUCCAAGAACAAGACCAAAAGUCAGAACUAUAAAAUCACUGAUGUCUAAAACUAGACCGAUCAAAACUGCUAACUUAAAGCUUGAGCGUGAAGGUGGAACAUGACACGGAGAAGGGUUACCACAGAUCCCCAUUGGACAUCAACUAGGAGUCUUCAAAAUUGCUGAUAAAUUCAUUAAACCAGUUCUAAAAAUGGA